AUAGAGGAUCCCAGGACGAAGGAGAGAAAAGAGUGACAGAGAGUGAGAGAGGAGAGAAUCUCAGACAAAGAUGUUGGUCAUCGUCUCCACGCUGGUGAGCCUGCUGCACCCGGUGCUGUCGGCCCUGUCAGGGGCUGUGCAAUGGCAGGGCCUGGAGCACUGGUUCUUCCUGCUGGGCCUGCGCCUGCUGGCCAUGUACUUCGCCAGCGCGCCGUGGGAGAGCGCACAGCAGGAUAUAGCGUGUGCCUGGAGCACCAGCCAGGAUGCGGAGACCCGGCACUUCUGCACCUCGGUCUGCUACAACCGCCACUUCCUGGACCCCAUCAGGCCCACCUGGGGCUUCUCCUUCCUCAUCGCCCUGCUCCCCAUCACCAUCAUCAGAAUGCUGUACCCCAAAAAGGAUCCCCACGGCAAGGGGGGGCAGGAGGUCGCUGCAUCGGCCACAUGCAACAGGGCCAUCGAGCACACAUUGGUAGAAUCCUCCAGGGCCGCCAGACCCAAGCUAGUUGGGCAAUCCAACAUGGCCACUAAAUCCAACGUGGCUGCCAUGGCCCGGCUGAUGGGAGACUCCAACAUGGCCGCCAACCCCAGGCUGGUUGGCGCGACCAAUGUGGCUGCCAGAGCCAACACGGUUGGGGUCAGUGGUGUGACCGGCUCCCCGGCAGGACCCGACAUGGCCGCCCAGCCGGCCUGGUGUGCCAGCGUCAUCACCGUGUGCAUUGCCGUGCUGCUGGCCACCGAGGUCGGAUUCCUGUGGGCCUUGCUGGCCCGGCAGCUGCCCAUGGUAUCAGGGCCUUCCUUCCCCUGCUUCCCCGGCCUCCUGGCCUGCCCCAGUGUCCUCGAGUGCGCCGUGCGGGGCCAGGCCGACAAGCACAUGGCGCUGGUCAUCUUGGCCCUCACGGCCUGCUUCAGCAUCCUGGUCUGCCUGACCUAUGGGGGCGUGUGGGUAGCCUUGGCCACCUGUUGCCGUGGGAGACAGGAGGGGGAGCGGGCCCUAGAGGGGGAACACCUGAGAGAAUGA